AUGGCGUCCGACUCCGCCGCGAGGGUCGACGGCAGCGCGCUCGCAGGUCGCGCCCUGGCGGCCGCGGGGGCGCGGCACAUGUUCGGGGUGGUGGGCAUCCCGGUGACCUCCCUGGCCUCCCGCGCCGCCGCCGCCGGGUGCCGCUUCCUCGCCUUCCGCAACGAGCAGUCCGCGGGGUACGCCGCCGCGGCCUACGGCUUCCUCACGGGCCGCCCCGGCCUGCUCCUCACCGUCUCCGGGCCGGGCUGCGUCCACGGCCUCGCCGGCCUCUCCCACGCCACCGCCGACAUCCCCCGCCUCGUCUUCCAGGCCCUCGCCGCCACCGUCGCCGGCCGCCCCGGCGGGUGCUACCUCGACAUCCCCUCCGACGUCCUCCACCAAACCCUCGCCGAAUCCGACGCCGCCUCCCUCAUAGCAGAGGCCGCGGCCGCGGCCGGUUCCGCCGAUCCGUCCCCACCGAAACACAAGUCCCUGGACCAGGGCAUCGUGGAGGCGGCCGAGCUGCUCCGGCGCGCGGAACGGCCGCUGAUCGUGAUCGGGAAGGGCGCGGCGUACGCCCGUGCCGAGGUGGCGAUCCAGAAGCUGGUGGACACCACCGGCAUCCCCUUCCUCCCGACUCCCAUGGGGAAGGGGGUCGUGCCAGAUGUGCACCCACUGUCCUCCACCGCCGCGCGUUCCCUCGCCAUUGGGCAGUGCGAUGUGGCCCUCGUCGUCGGCGCCAGGCUGAACUGGUUGCUUCACUUUGGUGAGCCUCCCAAGUGGUCCAAGGAUGUCAAGUUCAUACUUGUGGACGUCUCUGAAGAUGAGAUUGAGCUUCGGAAGCCGCAGGUUGGUCUGGUUGGGGAUGCGAAGAAAGUCGUUGAGCUCCUCAACAGGGAGAUCAAGGAUCAGCCAUUCUGCUUGGCGCGGUCGCACCCAUGGGUUGAUGCAAUCACCAAGAAGAGCAAGGAUAAUGUGCUAAAGAUGGAGGCACAGCUUGUGAAGGAUGUUGUGCCGUUCAAUUUCAUGACACCCAUGCGGAUCAUUCGCGAUGCGAUCCUUGCCGAGGGGAGCCCUGCUCCAGUUGUGGUCUCGGAAGGGGCGAAUACCAUGGAUGUUGGCAGGGCUGUGCUUGUGCAGAAUGAGCCAAGGACAAGACUGGAUGCAGGGACAUGGGGGACGAUGGGUGUUGGGUUGGGGUACUGUGUUGCGGCAGCAGUGGCUGAGCCAGAGCGGCUCGUAGUUGCUGUGGAGGGCGACUCUGGAUUCGGUUUCAGUGCAAUGGAGGUUGAGACUUUAGUGAGGUACCAGCUGCCUGUUGUUGUGAUUGUCUUCAACAACAAUGGCGUCUACGGUGGUGACAGAAGAGGCCCAGAUGAACUAACGGGCCCCUACAAAGAUGACCCUGCCCCAACCUCCUUCGUUCCCGGCGCAGGUUACCACAAGAUGAUGGAAGCCUUCGGAGGAAAAGGCUAUCUUGUUGAGACACCGGACGAGCUAAAAUCCGCCCUGUCGGAGUCGUUCCGCGCCAGGAAGCCGGCGGUGAUCAAUGUCACCAUCGACCCCUACGCCGGCGCCGAGAGCGGCAGGAUGCAGCAUAAGAACUGA